AUGGCCGCUGCUUGUCCAUGGGAUACGCCUGGUGAAGAGAAGCAGCCACAGCAAUUUGUGCUCGCAGACGCAAGCACACUCCGUUCCCUUUCGGAUGUAGAUACGCAGGAGGAGCAAGAAAGGUGGACAAAGAUGCAACACCGGCGAGAGAAAGAACUCCAGCAGCAGGAGGUCGCUGAAGAGUAUAACGCUGUCACACCCGAAAGAGAAUACGAUGAUCGAGACGCGCCAUCAGCUUUUUCAAUUCUCUGGGGCAGCAAGAAAUCCAAGACUGAGAAGCCAAAGAUGCCCAAACCGAAGAAAUCAUUCCUUGGCAAAAUCAGGACGACAAAGAGGGAUGAGAAGGGCAACGAGUGGAAGAAGAUCCCGUGA